AUGCUGCCGUCGGGAACUCGUCCAUGGAUUAGGCGGGCGCCGUCGAGGGAGGUGGUCCGUCGGGAACUCGUCGAGGCAGGAGGCGGCCGCCAUCGGGCACGCGUCCAGGGAGGAUGCGGCCACCGUCGGGCAGGGAGGCCGCCGCACGAGCAUGCAGCAGCAAGAGUGACAGUAUUCAUAUGGUGACAUGAACUUGACGGAGUAGAAGCUGCAACGGCUCCGACGAGGUGGCAUGCACAUGGUCAUAGAAGACUCAAGCUAUCCUACUACAGAACGCAAUGAUGUCUAGCAAAUGAGCAAAGUCAAAGGCCUCAAAAUUUUGCACCAUGAUAUCUCAGAAUGAAUCAAGUCUGAACCCAUGUAAUACUUGAUUGAAGGGACAUCAAUUUUUUACUAUAGCAUUGUUAGAGAGGGGAUGGUUCAAGCGAGAUGAUGAUUUGAGUUUGUCUUUUCUGAAUUGAAACAGAUACUACCUAUGGAAAUCUAGAGUUUUUCCUUCUUUGUUCUUCUCUUCUUGUUACUAUUUUUGUUGAUGUCCAAGUUUUGGAUGUGAUGCUAUUGAGUAGUUGAGCUAAGAAGGGGGUUCAGUUUUGGAAGCUAGCUGGUCACAGCCUCACGGCUCGUGCUCUCGUUUAGAGAAUCUUUUGACUUUUCCUGCUGACGUCAGCCCUCGCACAGGGACUACUUCGGUGCGGCGCCGCCGGGUAGUCUCGUCCAACUUAAAUACAUAAAAGAUUUUAAGAUCUGGUACCGCCGACGCCCGACCAAUCUUCUCGAAGAACCCUGCGGGAAGAUCUAGGUUACGGCACCGUCCCGCACUUCACUCCUCUUCUAGAGACAGCGAAGCUCAUGGGCCCCGAAGAAGCGGCGGCGGCGGGGGCGGCCGGGGCUUCAGCGGAGGCGGAUCUCUCAGGCGGCGGCGCGGUGCUUAGCUUCGAGUUCGCGUUCAAUUCGCCCAACUUCUCCGACAGGGUGCUGCGGAUGGAAAUCGUCGCUGGAGAAAACGCGCCGGGGUCCAGCGAAGACGCCAGCGGAGAAUCCAUUGCCGACCACCGCAAGGAGAAAGGUUAUAAAGGACAGAGUAGCGGCUCUUCCUCAAUCGUGGUGGGUGCACCAGUUUUACGAGAAAAGACCAUUUAUAUCAAUUCAGCAGUUCUUGCCGCUAGAAGUCCUUUCUUCCUCAAGCUUUUCUCAAAUGGCAUGAAAGAAUCUGAUCAAACACAUACAACACUUCGAAUUGCUGAUUCAGAGGAAAAUGCAGUUAUGGAGCUUUUAAGCUUUAUGUACAGUGGAAAGUUGACAACGACUGAGCCUGCUCACCUGCUCGACAUCUUGAUGGCUGCCGAUAAAUUUGAGGUUGUUUCUUGCACGAGACUCUGCAGUCGCUUGCUCACAAGCUUGCCUAUGACCACGGAAUCUGCACCGCUCUACCUAGACUACCCAUGCUCCAUUUCAGUGGCUGCUGAAGUUCAAGCUUUGACAGAUGCGGCCAAGGAAUUCCUUGUCAACAAAUACAAGGAUUUGGAUAAGUUCCAAGAUGAGAUGAUGAGCAUCCCUCUUGUUGGUAUCGAGGCCAUCCUCACCAGUAGCGACCUACAGGUGAAAGAUGAAAGUUUCAUAUUUGACUUCUUGCUCGAGUGGGUUUGCACGCAAUACCCAAAAUUGGAGGAUAGAUCUGAGAUAUUUUGUUCUCGUUUACUCCCUUUGGUGCGCUUCGAACAUAUGAGCUGGAUUGAACUGGGGAAGGUCCUUACGUUCAUCUACAAUAUUAUGGACCAUGAGCAAGCAGUAACCAAGCGUAUCAUCGAGGUACUUGCAUGCAAACUUGAUCCAUCAUGGCAACAAACCAGUCAUGCAGCUGAUUCAACAACUUGUUGGCAAUUGCCAGAGCGAGCUUACACGUACAACCCUGUGGAAGUGGUUUCGUUUGAUCGACCUCGCCCACAGGUUAUAGUUUACAUGGAUCUAAAGCGUGAUGAGUGCUCUCGACUCUUCCCAUCAGGAGAUAAAUACUCGGUCCCGUUCCAUCUUGUAGGGCUGCAGUUCUUUCUCACGGCAUGCUGUGAGCUGGACCAGCAGAGUAACUACAACAGCUUUGGUCUAUGGUUCGGGAUUGAUGAAGAGCCAGACAAGCCCAUAUCUUUAACAAUAGAUAUUGAGUUUGCUGCUAGGGUAAAAUCGUCAGGACAAUUCGUGAGCAAGUUCGAAGGAAGUUAUGAUGUUACUGAUGAUUCUAUGCAUGGAUGCUACGAUCUUUUUGAUGUUCCAUGGUCGUCGUUCAUUGCUGAUGACAGCUUCUUCAUCGAUGGCGUGUUGCAUCUUAGAGCUGAUUUGACAGUUGUCAAGCAGCCUGCGGACUUGCAGACUUGAUGGUAUCUCACUCAGAGGACAUAAAGAUUUGACAUCUCACACAGCUGAGUUGCCGUCGACAGUGCUGCGUGAGUCGAUUCAGUGGGACCAUGUUGGUUGCCUGGGAAUGUUGUAGUUCUUUCUUGUAACUGUGGUCCCAUUUCAUUAUUCUUGUGUCUUCUGUAAAUUGUUUGGCGCCUGACCAGUGCAAAGAGUUGAUGUAGGAUUUUAGCCUGGAAGUUGAAAACCAGGGGCCGGCACUCUUUGUCUCGAUAGACUGAGAUUUAUUUAAGCCUCAAUCCAUAAAUUAAAGUGCAAACUUAAAAAGUGA